UGUUACUUGCACGGACGCACAUAUGAAGAAGGGUACGGGACAGCAGAAGAGCGAGGAAGAUGGAAAUGGAAAAGAUGUGAGCCCAAACAAGAAUUCUGAUUCUGGCUCUGCAGACUCCAGUGGUUCCAGCUCAGAGUCAGAGUCUGACUCUGCUUCAGGUUCCAGUAAGUCAGGUAGCAGCUCUGGCUCCAGUAGUGGCUCAGACUCUGACUCUGGUGGGUCAGGAGGUCAGUCUGAGGAGGAGAAUGGGGAGGCCGUGGAUGAGGAGAGAGACACGAACCUGGGGGUACAGUCCCGCGCUGACCGGCUAGAGGACACCUCCGAGGAAGAUGAUGAGGAUGAGGGAGGUGAGGAUCAGAACAGCUCCUCCAGGGAGCAGUCAGACUCCCCUGCCAAGGCUGCACGCAGGGGAAAACCAAGGACAGAGAGUUAUAAUAAGAAAACAGCAACAGUUUCUUGUAGACUGAUGGCUCAGCAGGCCUGGGAAGAUAUGCCAGAUUUGUAUGGAUUGAGACGGUCUGGACGAUCCAGGAAAGAACCAACACGCUACAAUGCUGGCCAUGGCUCGGAUAGCGAGGAAGAUGGGAGAAGAGGAAAGAGGCGAGGCCGGCGGUCCAUGUCUGAUGAAUGGCGGGAGAGUGAUGGAGAUAAAGACAACUCUGAUGAUAGUGACAGUGACAAUGAGGACUACAUGCCCGCAAAGCGUUCAUCUGCCAAGCCUAUCAGGAGGGUAACAAGAACAAAACGCAGGGACAAUGGAAAAGCCAAGAGGGGAGGUCGGCGUCGUGGUGCCAGGUCGUCGGAUGAGUCUGGGUCUGAUGAUCACGGCGAGGUACAGAGGCACUCAGCGAGGGGGGCUUCUAAAGUCAGGAAAAAGUCUAGAGCCUCUCGAAGGAAACUUGCAAAUCGUAAUGUUAGUUACAAAGAGGAUAGUGAUGAUAUGACUGACUCGGAUGAUAUCAUAGAACAGUCAACCACAGCCCAGGACGAGGAGGCAGAAUACAGAGAGACCAUAGAGCGCUGCAUAGACAUACGCAUUGGAAGAAAAACAGCUAUUGGCCACAAGACGACUUUGUAUAACGUGGAAUUGUCGGGGGACCCUAAUGAAGGGUUUGACCCUGCCAAAGAGGAAGGGGAUGAGCAGUACCUGAUCAAGUGGAAAAACUGGUCCCAUAUACACAACACCUGGGAGUCGGCAGACAGUCUAGAGGCACAGAAGGUUAAUGGCAGGAAGAAAGUAGAAAACUUUAAGAAAAGGGAGGCCGAGAUCCAGGAAUGGAAGGCAGCCUCAACUCCUGAAGAUGUGGAAUACUUUGAUUGUCAGCAAGAAAUGAUGACAGAUCUGUAUUUGAAUUACGUCAAAGCGGCACGUAUUAUUGCUCACUCUACCACUAAGGCAGCUAAUGAGAACAAUGGGUUCCCUGACUACCUGGUGAAGUGGCAGGGCUUGCCUUACUCUGACUGCACCUGGGAAGAUGGCGAACUCAUCUCCCGAAAAUUCCAAAAACACAUUGACGAGUAUCAUGCUAGAAACAAGUCACAGAGAAUUCCAACCAAACUUUGCAAGGUAUUAAAGGUCCGUCCCAAAUUCCAGCCUCUGAAGUACCAGCCAUCUUAUUUGGGAGGUGCAGAGAAGCUGGAACUGCGGGAUUAUCAGCUGGAUGGUCUCAACUGGCAAGUCCAGUCCUGGUCUAAAGGCAACAGUGUGAUACUGGCAGAUGAGAUGGGACUUGGGAAGACAAUCCAGACCAUAGCCUUCCUCUCCUACUUGUUCAACAGUCAUCAGUUGUACGGUCCCUCUAUCAUCGUUGUGCCGCUGUCCACAGUGGUGGCCUGGCAGAGGGAGUUUGAGAUGUGGGCACCAGAGAUGAACAUCAUCAUUUACUUAGGGGACAUCACCAGUAGAAAUAUGAUACGAGAUUAUGAAUGGUGUCACCCUGGUAACAAGAGGUUAAAGUUCAAUGUGAUAGUCACAACCUAUGAAAUUCUUCUCAAGGACAAGUCUUUCUUGGGUGGUGUCCAGUGGGCGGUAUUAGCGGUAGAUGAAGCUCAUCGCCUGAAGAAUGAUGACUCGCUAUUGUACAAGAGUCUGAAGGACUUUGACACCAACCAUCGGCUGCUCAUUACCGGCACGCCACUGCAAAACUCUCUGAAGGAACUCUGGUCACUCCUCCACUUCAUCAUGCCACAAAAGUUCGACUCCUGGUCAGAGUUUGAAGAAAAACACUCAGCUGCUGAUAAGACAGGAUUUUCAGCCCUUCAUAAAGAGCUGGAGCCGUUUCUUCUCAGACGAGUCAAGAAAGACGUGGAAAAGUCACUACCUGCGAAGGUGGAACAGAUUCUUAGGGUAGAGAUGUCAAACAUCCAAAAAAACUACUACAAGUGGAUCUUGACGAAAAAUUACAAGGCUUUAAGUAAAGGAGUGAAGGGCAGCAUAAGUGGCUUUAUCAACAUAGUGAUGGAGCUGAAGAAAUGCUGUAACCACGCCAGCUUAGUGCGGCCCCCUGAUGGUGCUGUUAAUGGGGAUUUGCUACAGACGUUAAUCCGAGGCAGUGGUAAGCUGAUAUUACUGGACAAGCUGUUAUGUCGCCUGAAGGAGACUGGCCACAGAGUGCUGAUUUUCUCACAGAUGGUCCGCAUGCUGGACAUUUUGGCCGACUACCUACAGCUGAGGCAUUUCCCAUUCCAGAGACUCGAUGGGUCUAUCCGUGGAGAGUUGAGAAAACAAGCUCUAGACCAUUUCAAUGCUGAAGGCUCCCAGGAUUUUUGUUUCCUGCUGUCCACACGUGCUGGUGGUCUGGGUGUGAACCUGGCCACAGCAGAUACUGUGAUCAUCUUUGACAGUGACUGGAAUCCCCAGAAUGAUCUUCAGGCCCAGGCUAGAGCUCACAGGAUUGGGCAGAAGAACCAGGUGAGCGUGUACCGCCUGGUAACAAAGAGCAGUGUGGAGGAGGACAUUGUGGAGAGAGCCAAGAGGAAGAUGGUGUUAGAUCACCUGGUCAUACAGAGGAUGGACACCACGGGUAGAACGGUCCUUAACAGAGGAAAUGUCCCAGGCAGCAAUAGCACACCGUUCAACAAAGAAGAGCUGGCUGCCAUUCUCAAGUUUGGAGCUGAAGAUCUCUUCAAGGAAACUGAUGCUGAGGAGGAAGAACCCCAGGUGGAUAUUGAUGAAAUAUUGACAAGGGCUGAGACCAGGGAUACAGAACCAUCUAUGGUGGGAGAUGAGCUACUAUCACAGUUUAAGGUGGUGAGCUUUGAUAAUAUGGAAGAAGAGGAAGAGGAGGAGGAAGAAGUCGAGGAAAAUGACAAUGUGGAAGAUACAGUUGGAAAGGAAUGGGACCAGAUUAUACCAGAAGAUGAGAGGAAGAAAGUUGAGGAAGAGGAGAGACAACACCAGCUGAUAAACCUGCACCUUCCUCCCCGCAGUCGGAAAACCAUACAACAGCUUCAGGGGGAGUACAACUCUGAUGAAGAUCAGGACAAGAGAAAGAAGAAAGGCAAGGAAAACGAGGACAGCGAGAGUAGUGAUGAUAACGGGGAGGAGGGAAAGACUCGCCGAAGGGGAAGGCCCAGGACUGUCAACAAGGACAACAUCAAGGGCUUUACCAUAGCCGAGAUCAGACGGUUUGUCAAGAGCUACAAAAAGUUUGGAGCCCCUAUGACAAGACUGGAUGCCAUAGCGUGUGAUGCUGAGCUCCAGGAGAAGUCUGCGGCUGACCUGAGGCACAUCGCUGAGAUUCUGAAGACUCGUUGUGACGAGGCGAUGAAGGAAUACAAGGCCAAACUAGAGGAAGAUCCCAACUUUGAGGGGAAGAAGACUCACCGUGGCCCUACAUUCAAGAUGUCCAGUGUGACAGUCAAUGCUGCAUCUGUGAUAAAAGCGGAAGAGGAGUUACAGCCCUUGGCCACUGCCCUUCCUGCCAAUAAACAAGAGAGACAAAAGUACGAGAUCAGUUUCCGGGUAAAGAACGUCCACUGGGACUGCCUGUGGGACUCCUCGGAUGACUCCAAUUUACUGAAGGGCAUAUAUGAAUAUGGCAUAGGCAACUGGGAGUCCAUCAAGAUGGACCCAGAGUUCAAUCUUCAUCAGAAGAUCCUGCCUGAUGGCGAACACAAACCUCAAGCCAAACAUUUACAAACCAGGGCAGACUAUUUGUUAAAGGUGUUAAAGAAGCAUUUGGAAUUGGAAAAAGAAGGCAUACAACCUGCAACCAAACCAAAGAGACAGAGGAAGCAGAGGAAGAUGAAGUCAGCAGCUGAGGUGGAUGAGAAGAUGUUAGAAGCUCUGGAGGCCGAAAGCAGCUUCAAGGAGGAGACCAAUGACAGCUUCCCUGAUACCAGCCAGAAGAAGAAGAAGAAAAUCAAGGAGGAGAGUGUGGAGAAAGAGGAGAUAAAGCCAAAAGAGGAGAAGGAAGAGAAAAAGAAAAAGAAGAAGAAAGAACGGAAUGAAGAUGAAAAAGAGGCGAAGAAAAAGGACAAAAAGAAAAACAAAGAUGAAGAGAAGCUGCAAGUAGUGCUUUAUGGGAAUACCAAAAACAAGAUACCUGGCCCUAUGCAUUUCACAGCAUCAUCAGAUCCAGUGGCAAUAGCAGAAGAGGGAGAAAUAGGGAAUGAACUGCCCAGUAAGGUGUUCAAUGAGUGUAAAGAGAAGAUGCGUCCAGUAAAGAGAGCCCUGAAGCAGCUGUACAAUCCGGACGAAGGUUUAUCAGAGAGAGAACAGAUUGAGCACACCCGAAAGUGCCUGCUGAAGAUCGGGGACAGAAUCACAGCCUGCCUGGCUGUUUACAACGACCCUGAGGUCAUCAAAGAAUGGAGGAGCCAUCUGUGGAACUUUGUCUCCAAGUUUACGGAGUUUGAUGCCAAAAAGCUGCACCGUCUGUAUAAACAUGCUGUCAGGAAGAGGGAAGAUUUGGAAGGCCAGAUUGAAGCUCAAACUCCCUUAAGUCGUACACCGACGUCUGUAUCAGGAGAGCAUAAUAAGAAGUAUAAACGCCACAGAGAGGAUAAACAGCAGUCCUCACACAGGAAGAGGGUUCAGAGGAACAGCGAGGGGGACAGUCAUGACGGCUCUAUGAGUAAUGGUCCACGUCACUUUGGAGGGAUGUCUCACAAUCCUGCAUUUCGUAAUGUGGGCCGAGAAGGUAGAGGAGAGGCCGCGUCCAGCUCCUCUGACCGCUGGUCUCACGCCAGUCCUCUGGCCAGAGCUGACCACCACAGGUCGAGGUUUGAGGGAAACAACUUUGGCCGUGCCCAACAAGAGUCUCAUCGUAGUUAUUAUGGUAAUGAGUAUAAGCAUUCUAACCACGGGGAAUCACAACAAAGAUAUAACCAUGACCGGCGAGACCAGCACAGCAGGGGAGAGCAUUAUCACAGAGAAUAUGGGGGAUCUGGGAUGGGCGGGUAUUCACAUUAUCGUCAUGGACGACCAGAUCACCGUGGAGACCACAGAACAGAGCACCAUAGAUCUGACCCUAGGCAUGAGCAUAGCCAGUACAAGAGAGACAGUGAUAGAAAACGUAAAAUGGAAGAUUUCCAUGAGAGGCGCUCGCCCAAAGAACGUCGGCUUCCAGAGGAGUUGAGCACCAGUAAAGCUGGCCUGUCUUCUCAGUUACACACAGACUCUUUGCAGUCGCAGCACUGACACCGGCUCUCACUAAUCUCCAGUUUAUGCAAUAAUCCUACACUGUAAAGCGAACUGGUCAAUGGAUGAAGCGUCAGUGCGAUGUGAUAGGACGUCUGUGUGAUUUACCGGAUUCCGGCUAAAAGAGAGGCGAGCAGGACUGUCAUCAUCAGGAGAGUCUUGUAACAGAAAGAUCAUCCUUCCACUUCUGACUGGUCUUUGAUCAAUUUCCGGCUGUUUGAGUGGGAGAUGCUGUGAAUCUUGUUUGGAGAGAGAAUGAUGUAUUGACUAAGGGUCAUGCAUAUUUCAUGAGACACAUCCUUCCAUGCUGUACGUUAGAUGUUCAUAUAUUCGCUGGCCAAAGAAACAUCCGUGACCUUAUUGUUGAUCCCACAUUUUUACUUUUCAAAUUAGACUUGCUGUCCAUUUCUGUUUUGUCAUUAACUGUUUCCACAGGCUGAUUUUUGUCAUGUGUGUAUAUUUUGUUGGAUAAAGCAUUUGUUUGUGCUAGGAUUUGCAGCACCAGUUUCUCUGUUUUUCCUGUGUGGUAAUUUUGUCAGAUCCGCUCCUCCAUGUAGUGAUGAGUAAAUGAUAGACAGUUAUUUAGUUCAGAUGAAGUCUUGUGGCAAAGUAAGCUGGAGCUAUAUAUGAACUGGUUGUGAAAUCACUUGGGACCAACAAACUGAUUUGGAUUGGGCAAAGAUGUAUGACUGUAGAUUUAUGUUGAUUUCAUAAUGAUCGUGAAUAAGUUACCUACCUUCAGUGUUGGUAAUUUUUCACAAAUUUAACAUACUGAAGCGGUGAAAUAUGUUUACAACUCAUUGAAGGGGAAAAUGUAUUCAUCAACCUGAAGUGUGUUCAGACAAACUAUGCGUUUGAAGGGAGAUAACUCUUGGUGAGCCCAGGUUUAAUUGCACUAGCUUUCUGCUACAAACAUUCACGUGUAAGCUUUUUACACGGGAAAUUGAAAUAAUUUUUUUAACUUAUUAUUUAAUUAUAGAUGUGUGAAUAUUUGGCUGGUUGACUUUGUUUGAAAUUUUUGUUGCCCUGGCGUCAUUGUGGGCUACUUUAAAUUUAUCAUUCGUCGUCAUUCUCUUGAAUCCUUUCAUUCCUGUUUGCUUCAUUUGUGAAUGGCCUAAUGACAUGUAAAUCUAUGAAUUGUUUUUUGUCUGGCAAGUCCAGUUGUACAGUAUGUACUAUAUGUUUUCAUCCAAGUGCCCAUAGACCUUUGCAUAUACAAAACAGCUGGAUUCUAAGUCUACAUCAUACUUGCAGUGUGAAUGAAACCUGGGGUAGCAUAUACGUAUGAGGUAUGUAAGAUGGGGAGAGUACUUACAUUUACCUUUACGGUGUAUGAAUGCUUUGUCAUGACAUGGUUUGAGCAGUCCUGCUUAAUACCACCCAGGUCAUCAAUAACAUCUUAUCCUGGUGAAUGUUACGUAGAAUUAGUAGACAGUUUGAUCACCAUCUGUACAGGAUGUAAGGUUAGGAUCUGGCUGUAUUGUUACGUGAAGCUUAAGCUGGCCAGGCUCUCCAUCUCUGUCAUCAAUCCCAUUCUACCACGACAGUAUUUUCUGCGAGUAUUGGUGUGAUUAUGUUAAAUGCUCUGUAUCUGUCUUAAUCAAGCUUCUUCUCCACAGCAUGUCCUACCAUCAUACUGUAAGUCUGCAGGACAUCAUAUGUAAUUAAUAGGAAAGUCCAAGGGUUAGUGGCCAGGAUGGGCUAGCAUUACGUCUGCUAUAAUGUACAUAUCAUAACUCUGCCCCUUACAUAUCUUGUUGGUGAGCUAUGUACACCAGGGACGUUAGUGCCAGUGAAUGUCCAGGAAGCAAUGUCACUGAGACUGGCAAGACAGAAAAAUGUGUGUGUGUGUGUGUGUUUUUUUUUUCUUCAAAUACUGUAAGUGCUGUUAAUGUGUGUCAGAAAGGAAACUUUUUUUUGACCACCAAAGUCCUAAGGUUUUGCUGUCCUGGAGGCUGAUAUCUUGCGCUGCCUACAAAUACUGUCACUUCAUCAUUUUUUGAUCUGUUUUGGCCUUUUUGGUCAAGGCUUAGGAGUGUAACCCUUAGAGAUAUAUUUUGGAUGUUGACAUCACACCACAUCUAACCAAACAGAAAGGGGAAGGUUUGGUCUUGUGCCUUCACAUCUUUCAGCUGUUGUUUAGGCUUUUAUGCAAGUCUAGGGCUGUUCUAGCCAUGCUAGAAGCAGAAUGUCAAAAUCAUAUCUCCUUGUUAACAGUUAAGUUGCUUUUCUUAAAUCUGCUGCAAACUGGUUUAUGGCUGUUUAUUUUACAAGAUCAAUGGUUUUUUAAACAGUCUAGGACAAAGCUGUGCGGGGCACAGUUGACUGUUGAUAAUUUCACAUGACAAAAUCUGUAUAGGCUAACCGUAAUGUCUGUUUAAUUCAGAUGCUGGCAAUGCUGAUAAGUCUCACUUUUGAAGAAAAAAAAAAUACUACAAAACAAAGUUGUUGUGGCCAAGUCAGAGUAACAAUUCUCCAUCAAUAGGGCAGAUGGCUGUGUUAGCUGUUCUGGGAGCUGGUUAAAAGGAAUGUCGCCGAGGGUACUGAUAAAAUUGGAGUCAAUGUCAAACAAUAAUUGAGGCUUAUUUCCGGAAAGAUGUUCUAGUAUAUAUUUUGGGCCUGAUCUUGCCCGUGUGCAAUAGUUUAAUUGAUUUAUAUUUUUGUUGGUAAGGGGCGGGUAAUGGUGAACCUUACCUGCGUUAUACACAUUGUUAUCGUCCAGUACUCGAGUACGACGAUGUUUGCUGCGCCUGUUUUGUUAUUUCGCUCAUUGAUUGGCAUCUCUCAUCGUUAUCAGACCAUAUAAAUGGGCGGGACCCUGGCAUUGAGUUCCGUCAUAUACACCGGUCUGAAACGUAUCUAUGUUAUUUAACAUGUAGGUAUGUAAAUAACAAUGCAGAUGAAUUAAAAUAAAUUGAAUAUUUGAAU